GAGAAAAUUUUCAGGAAAGGACUCGUUGCCUCCGAAUUCUCAGGGAAGGACUUUCCGGCGGUUAUAAAUACGCACAUUCUUGUUCUGCAUAAUGCCAGAAUCGAUUGAAUAUUCUUCUUCUUCGUUGUCGUCUCGAGUUCUGCAGAUCCGGUGUUUUCCGAUACGAUGACUAUCGCCGUAGAGCAGCCUGGUUUUGGAGGUGAAGUUGAGGCGAAGGAGAUUCCCGGGAAUGAAAAGGAUUUGGUUUUGGAUGGAGGAUUUGUGGUGCCCCAUGCCAAUUCUUUUGGCCAUAACUUUAGGGAUUAUGAUGCUGAAAGUGAAAGGCGGCAAGGUGUUGAAAAUUUCUACAGGAUCAAUCACAUUAAUCAAACUGUUGAUUUUGUGAGGAAAAUGAGGGAGGAAUAUGGGAAACUGGACAAGAUCGAAAUGAGCAUAUGGGAAUGUUGUGAACUCCUUAACAAUGUUGUUGAUGAGAGUGAUCCUGACUUGGAUGAGCCUCAGAUCGAGCACUUGCUGCAGACUGCUGAAGCCAUCAGGAGAGACUACCCUGAUGAGGAUUGGCUUCAUUUGACUGGCCUCAUUCAUGAUUUUUGUUUAGAUCUUGGGAAGGUCCUUCUGCAUCCAGACUUCGGGGAACUCCCUCAAUGGGCUGUUGUAGGGGACACAUAUCCUGUUGGAUGUGCAUUUGAUGAAUCCAUUGUGCAUCACAAGCAUUUCGAAGAGAAUCCUGACUACAAAAACCCUGCGCUCAACACAAAAUAUGGAAUUUAUUCAGAGGGUUGUGGCCUUGACAAGGUGCUCAUGUCAUGGGGGCACGACGACUAUAUGUACUUGGUUGCCAAGGAGAACAAGACAACACUGCCUUCAGCUGGGCUUUUCAUCAUCAGAUACCACUCUUUUUAUGCAUUACACAAGGCAGGAGCAUACAAACAUUUGAUGAAUGAUCAGGACAAAAUGGAUCUCAAGUGGCUUCAGAUCUUCAACAAGUAUGAUUUGUAUAGCAAGAGCAAGGUGAGGAUUGAUGUGGAGAAAGUGAAGCCAUAUUACCUUUCCCUGAUUGACAAGUAUUUUCCUGGAAAGCUGAGGUGGUGAGGGAGUCUUUGAAAAUGGCAGUGCUGGAAAGAAAGGAAGUUGUGUAGGAUCUUGGAUGAGUGAGGGGCAAUGUUGCAUAGAUAUAUAUAUAUAUAUAUGGAUUUCUACUAUUAAAUAAUAAUAAUAAUAAUAAUAAUAAUAGCUGCUACAGUUAGUGUUACUGUUGUGGUUGUGUUGUAGUUGUAUUGAUUUCUGGCAUUUAAUUUGUUUGUUGUUUAAA